AUGUUCUUGAGACCAACUCCACAUCCUCAAAGAUCCAAGGGCCUCAUGUGUCAUCAUGUGGGUACUUGGUCUCCACAAAGUCCAUGGAGAAGAGAGCAUCAUAGUGCUCUUGGUACAUGGGGAGCUCAUCCUCCUCUUGCUCUCUCAGCCUCUUCCAUGGCUCAUCUUGGUUCCCUCUUGCUCAUCUUCUCAACCAAUUGGUUCACCUCUUCUCCUUGUUGGAGAGCCAUCCCCCUCUUGAACAAGGUUCACUCCAAUCUCAAACUCCCCUUGCUCACUCUCACUACUAAUGGGUCAUUCCUCUUCUUGGUUCUCCUUUCUUCCCUCAACCUCUCACUUCAGACUGCUCCUUCAGAGAGACACAUCCCCUGCAUCAGAUUCUUCCAUCUCUGGUUCCUCUCUUCCCUUGUCUAUCCCCUUCAUCUUGACAUCCUCUCUCUCAUUCUCCUUGCUUUUCUCCUUUUGCUUCCUGUACAGCUGCUUGCUUCCCUCACCUCUCAACAUCUUGAAUUGGUUCCUGAAAUGCAUCAAAAUCAAAGAAUUAGAGUUGUAAUGAUCGGUUUGGUCAACUCGACACUCAGCUCGAUCGAGUCAAAAAACUCGAGUGACAAACUCGAUCGAGCUGGGUGA